AUGCCUUCUUCGCCCCCUUCGCAGAAUCACGACGGCCAGCAGCGACUACAACAACAAACGCAAAAACAUGACAGAAACUUGAGCAAAAGGAAUGACACCGACGUCGAUGAGGAUAUUUGUCCAGACCCACGGCUGGCAACGGCGGCAGCCGCAGCGGCCGCCCUAAGUCGCAACUCUUCUUCUGCCCCCGGCAGCCCAACAUCACCUGGCAACAAUGCCGUCUCGAGCUACCAGCGCCUGGUCAAGCGCUACCGCGUCGAGGUGGCGGCGUCGGCCUCCAGCGUGCUCUCCACUCUCACGACAUUCCCGCUCGACAGCGUCAAGACGCGCAUGCAGACGUACCGGUACGCCGGGUUCGUAGACUGCGUGAAGCAUACCUACAACAAGGAGAAGCUCCGGGGUUUCUUCCGUGGCGUCACGGCGCCCAUGGCCAGCAUCACGCUCGUUCGGACAGUCUCCUUCUCCAUUUACCAGCGCUCCAAGUACACCUACUGCGACUGGGUCAAGCGCAAAUUUGGCGUGGAUGUUAUGGCACACGUCAGCUCGUCGGGGAGUUACCCAAACAUGUGGACCGUGGCGACAUUUGGCGCGGCCGGCGCGACGGCGGGGUCCUGUAUUACAGCGAUUGCUUGCCCUUUCGAGUUGACCAAGCUCAGCGCUCAGGUGUCGGUCCUGCUAGCGGACAAGAAGAACUGCCCGAGGCCGGAGAGCCAUGCGAUUGCCGCGAGUUAUCAGAACAAGGGAACCAUAAAGACGCUUGGGAAUAUCAUCAAGCACCGGGGCAUUGGCGGACUGUACACGGGAUUCAGGUUACACCUGAUGCGCGACACGCUCGGCACAGCAACCUACUUUAUGACGUACGAGAGCAGCAAACAGCUCCUAACCACCUUCGGAGGCGACGGCACCCAUUCGAACCCACUCGCUGUCCUGGUCGCAGGCGGGCUGUGUGGUAUUGUCUCAUGGGCCUUAAUCUAUCCAGUUGACUCCGCGAAAUCAAUCUACCAGCGCAAUUCCUUGAUGUACUCCAAGGGCCAAACGGUCGAACCGGUCAAGAUCCGAUUCUUCCAGCGCAACAUGUACCGCGGUUUGGGCGUGUCCAUGGGCCGGUCGUGUGCCGUGAACGCCGUCUUCUUCUCCUCGUUUGAAUUCUUGAAAAAGCGCAUCAAGGCUUGGGAGGAUUAA